AUGAGACAUUUCCGAGCGAUUGCGUAUCGAUAUUUCCGUACAACUGGUACACAACAAUGGUCAUUGAUUGAUCGAUUGUUCCGCAAACUCACCGUGGGGUGUUCCGCCGUCGUUGACGAGAAACAAACACCGUCGCGCCCCAAUGACCCGUCCGUGGCGAUGGGAGUGGCGACGGACAUCGCCCACUCGAGUGUGUACCCGUCC